AUGCCAUCUCCCAACUACGCCCCGCAGAACGCCAUCCUGAAGAUGCAACGCGCGCUCUCCCCCACCGCUUUGCGCGCGAGCGCACGCCUUCUCCGAGUCCGUCACGGCUCAUCCGGGGGCGCUCCCACGCAGCUCAGCGCGCAAUGGGCAGCAAAAGUGCGUUCGGAGUCAAACAUCUUGACACCAGACGACCCGCCGAGCGCGCCGCUGCCGGAGACGCACGAGCUCGGGGAGGGCCAAGCCGAUUUUUGUAACUUUGUGGACAAGUACGAGGACGUCUCGACGUUACAGGCGGUCACGGGGCUGGGUUCUAUGCUGCUGUUCACCUUCGGCGUGUACAAAUACGCUACUAAGCAGGCAAGGGAGAGCACCCCCCUGUUCACGAGGAGGGAGUUCCCGCACGUGCAGGAGGAUUUUCCAACUUGGGCGCGCUCUGAUGAGGUGCGUAGAUGA